AUGUCGACAUUUACGGCCCUCAAUGGGGGUUCACCAAGGCCUGCCGAGGCCAUGAACGGGACGGCCGACGCGGAACGAGGACCCGGCCAAUCGGCACCCGCAGAUCCCAGGCCUGCCGCCGCUGAGAGCUCCACCACUAGCCAAAGACACGACAGGCUCCCUUUUCCAGGGCAAUCGUCUCUCUCGUCGGCAUCAGGACAGGAGGCAUCGCACAAGAGGAAGCGCUCAAACUCGGAGUCUCCAACCAGGGAACGCCAGCCGUCUCCUGCCUCGAGAAGGGAGAGGUCCGAACGGACAGACCUGGCAGAAGCCACCGAGCGGGCCGGCAGAUCAGAACCGGGAGAUCGUCCUGAGCUGUAUGGCGCUCAACGGGUCCGUUCAGAAACUCGCGACGGUUAUAGCACCCCGCGGAGGGAGAGCUACCGGGGUUACGGCGACGAGAGAAGGGACGAGAGACGGGAGGAUGCCGAUCACUGGCAUUCACGAGAGACAAGAGAAGAGCGCAACUCCAGUUACGAGGGCCCUUACUCGGCAGGACCGGUAUCGGCUGUCUCUGACGACCAACCCGGCGAUAGGCACCGGAGAGCCACGAGCCAGGGAGACAGCGCCGACUAUGGGGAUCAGAGCCCGGACGGAGACGACCGAGGUAUGUACUCGGGCCAGUACACGCCGGAGCAGCGCAGAGAUGGGGUCAUCCAGUCAGAUCCCAAGAAGCGGAAGCGCAAUUUCAGCAACCGCACCAAAACAGGCUGUCUGACCUGCAGGAAGCGCAAAAAGAAAUGCGACGAGACCAAACCAGAAUGUAACAACUGUAUCCGCGGCGGGUUUGUUUGUGCGGGAUAUCCCCCGCAGAGGGGAACAUGGCAGAAGCCCGAGGCCAAACCGGCCCAAGUCACCAUUGAAUCGAAGGACCCCAACUACGUCCCACCAGGUGCCUACGGGAUGCCUCAGCAACCACCAUACCCCCGGGAGCCGCUUCCGGGUCCGCCGUCCAAACGCGACUCGAUUGCUUAUAACCGCGUCCAGCCCACGCUCCGGAUCACCCCCCCUCAGGGUCGCCCAUUACAGUCUGACGACGAUAGACUGACCGCAUCCACACUUCCGAGCUCCGUGCUGAGCCCUGACAACAAGCUGUCUGCUCUUUCUUCUGCCUACACUUCAUCAGCCUCAGCCAUGUUUCCCACGCCCAUCAGCGCCGUCACCAACUCGGCCCUGUCUGACCGGGCACCCAAGGAAUACCAGAGGGUGCCGCCCCUGCAUGACCUCACUAGGACCGACCCCGAGCAGCAGCAGCAGCAGCAACAGCAGCAGCAGCAGUCCCAGCAGUCCCAGCCUCCGCCAUCUGCAUCAGCACCUCCGCCGCCCCCCCCUCCUCCGCAAAGCACCACUGUUGCUCACCCUCCUUAUAGUUUCCACACAGGCAGAACGGCCACCCCGCCCACAGCCCAGGCCGCCCCUCCAGCCCCGCCGCCAUCGUCGUCUGUGGGUGGCAGCAGCGGCGGGCCACAAGCCACCGCUCAGCUGGCCCUAUCCCACACGCAAUUUCCCUCUGACCGUCCCCGUCGCGAAAAGGAAGAGAUGCUCAACGGCCGACAAUACUACCCCUUUGACAAGGAGCUCGUCCUCGAGCGCGAGCGCUGCAACGCGGCCUGCUGGCGCUUCAACAACUCGACCAACCCCAACAUUGGCGUCUCCCCAGCCGAGCGCGCCCGCCUGUUCAGAGACAUUCUCCAUCCUCGUGAAGGCGUGCACCUCUCGCCCACUCUCAUGUCCCCCGUCACGCACACGGGUCGGGUGGGCGACAACACGGCUGUCGAGGCGCCCUUCAACUGCGACUAUGGGUACAACAUUCAGAUUGGGAACAAUGUCUCGAUUGGCAGAAACUGUCUGAUCAAUGACGUCUGCGAGGUCCGGAUCGGGAGCAAUGUCAUUAUCAGCCCGAAUGUGUGUAUUUACACGGGGACGUGCAGCACCGAUCCGCGGAGGCGGGCGGGCAACAGCGGGACGCAGUAUGGGAAGCCGGUGGUGAUUGAGGAUGACGUGUGGAUUGCGGCGAAUGUGGUGAUUUUGCCUGGGGUGAGGAUUGGGAGGGGGAGCACGGUGGGGGCGGGGAGUGUGGUUACUAGGGACGUGGCGACGUAUAGCAUUUAUAUGGGGUUGAAGGCUGGGCAUAGGAGGGGGAUUGCUUUUGUCUGA